AUGGAUCGUUACUCAAAAUCCUCAGAAGGGAUCCACCAAGGCUCAAAAAUCGCCCGCAACUCCUUCGGCUCCUUGUCAUCCUCCCACCCCGCCUCAACAGUCAGCCACAGUACCCAAACCGGCAACGAACAUGUUCGCCUCAACAGCAACACCACCACCUCCUCCUCUAACGACUCUUCUCACCACGCCAAAGCUCAUCGCGGAACAAACAUUCCCAAUCACAACAACAACGACAACCUGCACGAUGAGCAGAGUAUGGCGACAAAGGACAACGUUGUCCAACAGCAGCUCCAAAAGUCACAAUUCUAUCAGCGUGGACUCCAUGACCCCAUCACGACUUCCAAUACUGGCAAGAAGAACAAGAUUCUAGAGGAUGAUGAUGAUGAUAUGGCAGCAGUGGCGACGGAUGAGGAUGAGGAUAUUGAUAGGAAGUUGGACCCUUACAUGUACGACAACGUGCAAUAUAGUUGA